AGACGUGGCGCAUCUCUCGCGAUCCUUGACGCUCGCCCCAUCCAACAGCCUGCUCAUCAUGGCCGUCGCAGAGGGCACGUCGCGAGUGAAGAAGGGCCUGGCGGCCAUGCUGAAGGGAGGCGUCAUCAUGGACGUGAUGAACCCCGAGCAGGCCAAGAUCGCGGAGGAGGCAGGCGCCUGCGCGGUGAUGGCGCUGGAGCGUAUCCCUGCCGAUAUCCGCCAGAGCAAGGGGGUGGCACGAAUGUCGGAUCCCAAGAUGAUCAAGGACAUCGUGAACUCUGUGUCCAUCCCUGUCAUGGCAAAGUGCCGCAUCGGGCACUUUGUUGAGGCUCAGGUCUUGCAGCAGGUUGGCGUGGACUGCAUUGACGAGAGCGAGGUUUUGACCGUUGCCGAUGAGGGCAACCACGUCAACAAGGGCAAGUUCAAGGUCCCCUUCGUGUGCGGUUGCCGCAACUUGGGCGAGGCUCUCCGCCGCAUUGCGGAGGGCGCGAGCAUGAUCCGCACGAAGGGCGAGGCAGGCACCGGCGAUGUGGUGGAGGCUGUGAGGCACAUCCGCACCCUCCACAAGGAGAUGCGCAUGGUGCAGAUGAUGGAUGAGGACGAGCUGUUCACCCUCGCCAAGGAGAUUGGAGCUCCAGUGGAUCUUUUGCAGGAGGUGAAGAAGACCGGGAAGCUCCCGGUGGUGAACUUUGCCGCCGGCGGCGUGGCUACUCCGGCAGAUGCCGCCCUUUGCAUGCAGCUGGGCGUGGACGGCGUUUUUGUUGGCAGUGGCAUCUUCAAGUCGACCGAUCCUGCGAAGCGAGCCCGCGCCAUUGUCAAGGCGGUCACGCACUUCAAUGAUCCCCAGGUGAUCGCCGAAGUCUCCGAAGACAUUGGCGAGGCGAUGACAGGCAUCAACUGCGACGGCCUCGCCACCCGCUUUGCAGACCGGGAAGGUGGCAACAUGCCGGCGGCCAAGAAGCCGAGGAUGGAAUCUUACGGAGACCACAAGGGCCUGGCAGGCACAUCCUUUUGAGAGGCCUCAAGUUUUGAUUUUCCGAUCCUCUGGCCCCUGCUGGAGAGAAUCUUCGCGAAGCUUCGCUCAGAGAGUUGGCCGCCGAUGCGAGCCUCUGACAAGGCAUCAGGUGUCUCUGGAGGAGACAUUUGAACAGAGCAGAGGUCGCAGACUGUCCUGCGCCAUGGACAAGUUGAUACUUUUCUCUUGCUGGCGUUAGCCUGGUGUCGUCCGCCACUCACCGCGUCGGUUUGGCCGUGACACC